AUGAUAACACCUUGGGUCUUCUGCGGCCUUGAGAUACAUUUAUUUUCUCUUUCUUUCUUUAAUUUUCAUUCCUCGAUUACCAUUUCUUUCUUUCUUGUUCAUUCUAUCUUCAAAUUUCUUUCUUUGUUCUCUUUUAAUUUCUCACUUUUCGUUUCUUCCUUUCUCUCUUACUUUUUUCUUUCUUUCUUCAAUUUCCAUUGCUCACUCACCAUCUCUCUCUUUUUUCUUUCUUUAAUCCAUCUCUCUUCAGCAAUUCUUUCUUUUCAUUCCUCGUUUUAUAACUAUUUCUUUCUUUCAAUUUACCGUUUUCAUUUCUUUCUUUCUUUCUUUCUUUCUUUCUUUCUUUCUUUCUUUCUUUACAUUUUCAUUCUUCGCUUUACAAUUCUUUCUUUCUUUCUCUCACUUCCCCCCCACUCUCUUUUACAAUUCUUUCUGUCUUUCAUUUCUUCAUUCUUUCUUUCUUUUUACUUUCAUUCCUCGCUUUACAACUCUUUCUUUCUUUCUUCUAUUUCACUUCCUCACUUUUCUUUCUUUCUUUCUUUCUUUCUUUCUUUCUUUCUUUCUUCAAUUUCCAUUCCUCGCUUCCUAUCUAUUUUCUCUUUUUCCUUUCAAUUAACCGCUUUUCAUUUCUUUCUUUCUUCCUUCCUUUCAUCGAUUUUCAUUUACUGCUUUCUGUCACUUUCUUUCUUCCUACGAAUGAAAGAAAGAAAGAACCUGUUUUUUCUCUCUCUUUUUUUCCUUUCUUUCUUUCUUUCUUUCUUUCUUUCUUUCUUUCUUUCUUUCUUUCUUUCUUCGCUUUCUUUUACUCGCUUUCAAUUUUUCUUUCUUUCUUUCAACUAG